GCCUGGUCCUCAGCACCUGCCAAAAUAGCAGCAACCCAUUCCCCGCCCCACUGCCUGUGUCGACACAUUCCUUUUACUGCGGGACUUGGCUCCUGGGACCAGGGUCUCUCACGCUCACCCACUUAAAACCUUGUCCUUCCCCCCGCCUGCAGCUAGUUCCCAACGAGCAGACACUAACCAGGAUCUCUGUUGAGGCCGGCCCAAGGCGGAGCAGACGCCAUGUCCGACACAGAAGAAGUGGUGGAGGAGUAUGAAGAGGAGCAGGAAGAAGAGGCUGAGGAAGAACAAGACCUGGCUGCUGCUGAGGAGGAGGCUGAGCCAGAGGUCGAGGAGAGCAAGGUAGAAGAAACAGAAGUUAAAGAAGUUGAAGAUGGCCCAGUGGAGGAAUCUAAACCCAAGCCCAAGCUAUUCAUGCCCAACUUGAUACCACCAAAGAUCCCUGAUGGGGAGAGAGUGGAUUUUGAUGACAUCCACCGGAAGCGCAUGGAGAAGGACCUGAAUGAACUGCAGACGCUGAUCGAGGCUCACUUUGAGAAUCGAAAGAAGGAAGAAGAGGAGCUCAUCUCACUGAAGGAUAGGAUUGAGAAUCGGAGGGCUGAGCGAGCAGAACAGCAGCGCAUCCGGAGUGAACGAGAGAAGGAGCGUCAGAACCGGCUGGCGGAAGAAAAAGCCCGACGAGAGGAGGAAGAGAACAGGAGGAAGGCUGAAGAUGAUGCUCGGAAAAAGAAAGCUCUCUCCAAUAUGAUGCAUUUUGGUGGUUACAUUCAAAAGCAAGCUCAGACAGAGAGAAAGACUGGGAAAAGGCAGACAGAAAGGGAGAAGAAAAAGAAGAUCUUGGCGGAGAGGAGGAAGGUGUUGGCUAUCGACCAUCUGAAUGAAGAUCAGCUGAGGGAGAAGGCUAAGGAUCUAUGGCAAACAAUCUACAAUCUGGAGGCAGAGAAAUUUGACCUACAGGAGAGAUUCAAGCAACAGAAAUAUGAAAUUAAUGUUCUCAGAAACAGGAUCAAUGAUAACCAGAAAGUCUCCAAGACCCGAGGAAAGGCCAAAGUCACUGGUCGGUGGAAAUAGAAAAGGGUCUGGGUAGCUCCUUGCCAUGGAGGUUAUGAGGGCCCUCAGAGCCCCAGGCUUCUUCCUUGAUGAAUCUGCUAGAUGUUUCUCUACUCCUCUGUGGUUUCACAGCCCCACUUUGUCCCCGGUUCCUUUGGUCCCCUCUGGAGACUGGAGAGAGCUUUGAACUUGGAUGCACAGAGAUAGCCCAAAUGAGUGGCUAUUCCCCUCUUUCCCAGAUACACACACACACAUAGUGCCUCUAAUAAAAGUCAACACAGACUAAACAG